AUGACGGCGGCCCUCCAGCAGAUGAUGGGUGAUCCUGGGGCACAGCUGCGUGGCGUGCAGGCGGAGGCCCUCCAGGCAAUACAGGAUGGCGAGAGCCCGGUGGUCACCGUCAUGCGCACGGGCGGCGGCAAGAGCCUGCUGUUCAUGCUCCCGGCCUUCCUGGAACCGGGCGGCACUACCAUUGUCAUUGUGCCGCUACUGAGCCUGCGGCAGGAUCUGCGGCGACGCUGCCAGGCACUGGGCCUCGUGUGUGUGGAGUGGGAGAGUCGCAAUCCUCCUGAUGAUGCCACCAUCGUGCUGGUCACCCCGGAGUCCACCGAGCAUAGCGUGUUCCAUGCCUUCCUCAACCGACUCCGUGUGCAGCAUCGCCUGGACCGCGUUGUGAUCGACGAGUGCCACGUGGUCCUCCAUAACCAGUCUGGCUUUCGGUCAGUGCUGCACCACCUCGGCCACCUGACACGGGUGCAGACCCAGUUCGUGUACCUGACGGCCACGCUGCCCCCCACCGAGGAGGAGCGCCUCUGCGAGCGCUUGGAGCAGCCGCGCGACGGCAUGCGCCUCAUCCGGGACCGCACCAGCCGGGCCAACAUCGCAUAUGUCGUGUGGCGCCCAGUUCUGCCCCGCAAGACGCCUCCCGGGCCCCACGCGUGGCUGGAGUCCGAGACUGUGCUGGCGUACCUCCGCCGCGUGACCCGCCGGGCGCAGGGGGGCAAGGUCAUCAUUUACGCCAACCUGGUCAGCCAAGUUUCCGCCCUGGCCCGGUCCCUGGACUGCCCUGCCUACCACGGUAAACAGGUCGACCGACCGGGCCUUCUCCGGCGCUUUACCGAGGGCCACACCCCCGUCCUUGCGGCCACGAGCGCCCUCGGUAUGGGCGUCGAUGUGCCCGACAUCCGAUGCAUUGUGCAUGUGGGCUGGCCCCGGUCGCUCCUGGACUACGCACAGGAGAGUGGACGUGCCGGACGCGACGGGCAGCGCAGCCUGGCCAUCAUCAUCCACCCGGCUGGGGAGGAUCAGGUGCCGUCCUGGCUGGGGGCAGUGCCCGCGGUGGACGGGGAACGGGUCCGGGACUACCUCCAAGCGCCCUGCCGGCGUCGCGUGCUGGACCGCUACCUCGAUGGGGCCUGGCACGGCCACCUGCGCGAGAGCUGUCAGGACUACCCCACUGACCUGCCAUGCGACCGAUGCCGCCUCCGCUCCACGGCCUCCCGGCCAGGCACACACGGCGGUCUGCAGGCCGUCCUUUCGACCGGAGCCAGCCAGGCCGUGUCCCCCGACGCGGUGGACAGGCCCCGGUCCCCCCGGUUGACCAUACUCCCCUCCCAGGCAGCCACAUCACGGUCACCAUCAACCUCACCGUCGCCGUCGCCGUCGCUGACCCCCCCGGCACCAGCAUUGCCCCGGGAACCGUCCCCCUUAGAUCUGCCGCCCGUGCGUACGUGGGCGCGGCCAUACCUCCACGCGCAGCAGCAGAUUGUCCAGCGCCGCCUGACGGAGGAGGAUGUUGCCGAGGAGGCGCCACAGUGGCAGGAGCACUGCUACAUCUGCACCAUGAAUGGCGGGGACGGGCAGUCACACGCCCUUUAUUUCUGCCCGCAGCGAUGGAGCCGUCGGGCGCGGGAGUGGAUGCUCUUCAUGCGGAACCGCAUCCAAUAUCCACGCUAUCGGCAGUGUUACCAGUGCGGUAUGCCACAGAAUAUCUGCGCUGGCUGGCAGGAAGGGGAGCCCUGUAACUACCGGGGUAUCCUGUUGCCCAUGGUGGCUAUGAUGUUGUAUGGACCGUGGGUCGACUCAGUUGAGAGGCCCUGGGCGCAGCGACUUGCCUCGCAGAAUAUCGACCACACCGACUGGCAGGCGGUAUGUGGCUACCUUGGCCAACCUGGCCUGCCAGGCCACAACCGCCUCUUCGACGAGUACUGCUGGCUCCGUGGGGUAUGCCGGGAGCUCGAGGGUCCCACGCGGGCGCCAAGAAUACACAGUGGGAAAGGGCAGAUCCAGCCAGGCCGCUGA